AUGCCACUUUCGCCGACAUCCUCACGGAUCAGCCUCUCUCCAUGGCAGAGGCUGGUUUGGCCGGUACCAAGGCCAGGGUCAUUCCCGCUUAUCCGUCGGGUGCCCUUCCAGGCCGCAGCGUUCAACCAAGCCAUGACCACUGCUGCCGAGUAUCAGUGCGCGGGGAACAUCUUCUGGGUUGACUUCUUCUGGUCGGCGCAGCCCACGGUGGCCCUGAAUCAGAAGUCCAUCGACGUCAUGAGAGAUGAUUUCUUCCGUACGCCGACGGCCUGGCCAGCUGAGCAUCCCAUCCGCAUUGCCAUCCCGUCUGGCUGCACUGCAGUUAAGCUUAAAAAGCUUCAAGGCAGCAUGCAGCGCUACAGCCCGGAGGAGGUGGAGCACGGAUUCCUUGCUGCAGUGGCUCGCGACAUACGCGCCGGUGAGCCAGAAGCAACUUUGCUGUGGGGGCCUCAAGCUAUGAAGUGGCGUGCUGUUGCUUUGACGGCGAGCCUGGUGUUUGACAAUGUCGAGGACAUCCGCUGGGAGGCGAUCAAUGCCAGAGAGAAAUAUGUCAGCUCAUUCGAGGCUCUGGCUCGCAGCGCCUUGCAGCGAGUGGCGGAGAUCAUGGCCUACAAGGCUUCUUUGGAGAGCGGAAAGACGGACAUUGGCACAAAGGACUUGCAUGCCAAAUGGGAUGCUAGGGGGUUCAAGAAGAGCAGUUCCAAGCUGAGCGUGCCGGUCUCCUUCAACUUCGUCGACCAGGCCGUCCGCCUGAGCAACGGGCUGCUCUCCAAGCCAGUGGUGCGGAAAGCUUUGCUAGACUUCGAGUCUAAGUGGGGGAAAGCAUCGCCUUUGAAUGUCCUGGAGACUCUGACGGCUCUGCAGAGCAAGGUGAAAGGAGACACGGACAUCGCGUUGUGGAUCCUUGCCUCCAUCGACGAUCUGCUGUCCUGCCAGAUCAAGAGCUUCCGGGAUCUCUCGCCCGUCUUCCUUGUGGGCAACAAAGGCAGCAAAGGCGCCUUUGACAUGUACAUCGCCAAGAGGGGGAUGGCGCUCUACUUGCUGAACACGCAUCUCUCCGCCAACAACUUCCCUGCCGAAGACCUCAAGCGCCUCUCGGAAAUCUGCCUGGAUCACGCGACCUUUCGCAAAAGGUGCGGAGGCGGCUGCAUGAAUGUGGACAUCGCCUGGCAGGGCCUUUUCCCAGAACACAGUCGGAAGGCUGCAAUGUGCACGGUGCUGAGCUUCUUCUCGCAGGCCGUGUAUGGCGUCACGACAGAUGGAAGCCUGAAGACGGCUCUCAAAGCCAGCUCAGAACCGAAAGAGCUGCUUGCGUCAUCGCCGUUCAAGGAGAUGCUGGAGGAGAUCCUGGCGCUGAUUGCACCGCCGCCUCAUGGAGGCCCUGCGGCCAUGGAGAUCGUUGCGUGCACAGAUACUGACUCGGUCGCGGUGGACGGCUUGACGCUCGCGACAUUGGCGGUGCCCGCGGAGGUGAUGAAGAAGCACGAAGGCUCUUUGACGACUUGGCUGACGACACUCCGCGAGCACCAGUCGACAUUUGUGCGGCUCAUCUCCCAGGGCGAUGGCGGCGUUGGUCAGAUUGCUGCGCUCCUGGAGGGUUCCGUGGUGAAGCACCUGGACUCGGACCAACGACUGUUGAUCUUCUACGACUCGAAGUGUGCAGGCGAGGCUUCGACGCAGGCUCAUGUUCGCCUUCCAAGCUUCAACCAGGAGCGCUUCAAGACGAUGAUGCAAGCAGUCUUCACUGCCCGCAAGGAUCCCGAGAACCACGGACCGUGCGGCUCCGACAUUGUCAUGAUCAUGGACGGUGGGCGGCAGAUCGACUCCAAGAUCACGAGCAAUCUGGUCAAGGCCGAUGGCCACCCUUGGCCCAGUCGGCAUCGUCAGCUCUUCACUGUUUGCUACGACGAGAAGACUUACGAGAUGCGCAGAGAGCGCUCGCGCGGGUUCGUUCAGCUCACCGAGGGUGUCCACUGCUACAGCAGUGAGCCCAUGGUCUUGGAGAAGCGCCAGCGCUUGCAUUUCUGGGGGAGCAACAUGGCCGAGAUCAUCAAUCCGGUGCCCCUUCCUGACUGGAAGGAGCUGUGGCUCCUGGACCGGCCGACGAAGCUCAAGCUCUACACGGCAAAUGGACGGCACCUGAGUAGCGGCCCCAAUCCGGAUCCGGAUUUUGUGCCGCCCAAGUUCGACAAUGCGCGGGAGCCGGUGGCGUGGCACAGCAAUCACGUGAAGCUGUAUGAAGAAUUGUUGGUGUCGUUUCAGUGCAAGGCCGUGGUGGAUUUGACGGCCUGCGACGAGCAAUUCGCCCUUGCAUGCGUGCACAUGAAGGUGCCUUACUUGGGCGUCUGCUGGGGGGACCGGCACAAGGAACUUCUGGACAAGCAGCUUGGGCAGCGGAUGUGGAGCGAGUACCGCACAGAAGGCUCCGCGCUCUUCCGCGCUGAUAUGGCGCAGUUGUUCAAGAGCGAGGAAGAGCAGGGCACCGAGCGGGUCCAGCCGAAGGGGAAGGGGAAGCGCAAGUUGAAGACCGCUGGCGCUGCGGCCGGCAGUGCCGAUGGAGCCAACGCAGGCGGCGGCGCGUCGACAUCGACAUCGACAGGUGGUACCUCGGCAGCGGCAGGGGCCAAGAAGCCACGCAAGGGAAAGCAAGGAUUGCAGGGGAAGCCACCGAUCAAUCCCAAGGCGGCGGCCCGUGCCAAGGAGAUCCUGGCUCGCUUGCACAAGGCACGUCUCGCUUCAGAGGACAACGAUGAGCCAGGUCCUGGGGUAGAGACACCCGGCGUGGAGACGGUGGACGCGGAGUAG